CUCACGGACACAGGAUGUGUCGAGGACGUGUAAUUGUUGUCAUGCUGCUUUUCUUGGUCUUAACCCCCGAAACUACGACAUCUCAAGAAGGCCAGGACAGCGGUGGAUCAGGGGACGUGGCGGCAACAGGGUCAAGGUCACGCGAAGUAGAUGCCGGGGUGCGGGUGCUGACCUUCAAUGGGGACGGCCGGCAGCGUGGCACCACCUGGGCCAGCUACGGUGACCCCGCGGUGAGGCUGUCGGGGGACUACACGGUGUGCCUGCGCUUCAACAUCUGGGUGUUCCGCCUGCUGACCGCCGUGCUCUACCUGCUGCCCACCGACGACCCCGAUGAGGACCCAAUCUCCUUCGAGGUGUACUUCGAGAAGAUACGCACCAAGUACGGCGGGUACGGCCGCUUCUAUCCGCUGCCUGCCAAUCUGGCCACCAACAAGUGGUACCACUACUGCCAGGUCCGAGACGUGACGGGCGGGGAGGGGCGCGCGUAUUUGGACGGGAGUCUGCUAGUGCGGGAGAGUGUGUCCUUCCUCCCAGACCCUCACCUCCGAAACGUGAUCAUGGGCCAGGACGAGUUCAAGAUGCCGUACUCUCUGAGCGGGAAGGUAAGCCAAGUGAAUGCAUGGAGCCGAGUCCUCUCCGAUGACGAGAUUGCACGUGUGGCUCGCUGCGAGGACAACCUGGAGGGUGAUGUCAUCACCUGGUCCAGGGAGUGGCUGCUUUACGAAGUGGACGAGGAGGAAAUACCACUCCAGGAGUUGUGCGCCUCGGUGGUACGUGGGCUGGUGAUGGUGCCUCUACCGCUUCUCAAGUUCCCUGACGCAGUGCGGGUGUGUCGCGGGCUCGGCGGCACGAUAGCGGUACCAGGUGACCACUCGCAGCUGCUUGAGGAACUUCAGCCCUUCGAAGGCGUGGAAGGUUGUGACCGUCAGUGGGCGGGGGUGACGGAUGAGGCGCAGGAGGGCGUGUGGAGCAACCCAUUUACCGGCGCCGCCCACAACACGACCGAACUCUUCUUUCGAGACAACAACCCGGAUGGGGACAAGUAUCAAAACUGCAUCCGCCUGCACGUCAAGGGACUCGAGGACACGAGCUGCGAAAAGCACAGCUGUUCCGCCUGCCAUACCCAGAGCGGUACCACGUGGACGCUGCGAGGCAUCUGCGAAGAGGAGGAGAGGAUGUAUUAUUUCGACCUGAUACCGAAACCGCUCGCCUUCCGCGGUUACGGCGAGUACGCGGUGCUGAAGGUGGAGGGCGAGGGGUGGGUGUGGCUCAACACCAUCACCAACGUCACCAUGGCAGUGCUGCGAUCAGAACACGAAGACGACUUCCCCGUUGGCAGACUCAUCUGGGACGCCAAGGAGGAGGUGUGCGAAGACCCGCCGGGCGACAGAAUGCUGACGUUCUCUUCCUGCACCAAAGACGAGUUUACUUGCACGGACGGCUUCUGUAUCCCAUUCCAAAAACGCUGUGACCUUAAGUUCGACUGUGAGGACAAAACCGACGAGAGCUUCUGUGAUAUCAUCAAUUACCCGACGGACUACAGGUCCAAGCUCCCGCCCAGGCCAGGCAGUGAUCUCGCCCUGCCUCUCUCCAUCAACGUCUCUAUGGACACUAUCAACAUCGACACCACAACCAUGCUUCUCUCCGUCAGCUACAACCUCCGCAUCACUUGGCACGACAACCGACUCACCUACAACAAUCUCAAGAAACUCACGCGACUGAACACAAUCUCGCAAGAACAGGUGGACCUCCUGUGGACGCCCACCAUCGGCUUCAUCAACACAGACGACAUCCAACACACGAACGUGGACGCAGACUCAGUGACCACCAUCGUGCAGGACCACGACCAAUACCGCCUCGACUUCUCUAACCCGUACGAAGUUCGCAUCUUCCAGGGUGACACCAACCCUAUCUCCACCACGCGCAAGUACAGCACAGUCUUCACCUGCUUUUUCGACCUUGUCCUCUACCCCUUCGACAUUCAGAACUGCUACAUGCACCUGCAGAUCAUCACGGCCUCCUCGGAGUACCUUAUCUUCAACGCCACGGACUCGUUCGUGGAAUACCUGGGUCCUCAUCUGCUGGUGGAGUACGCGAUAGGAACCAUAGACCUGCACAUCAAUAACCGGUCGCAGUAUAGCGUGUCCAAGGUGCGGGUGGAGCUGGUCAGGCGUUACGGGUAUGCCAUGCUCAACAUCUACAUCCCCUCCCUCACCCUGCUCAUCAUCAGCUACGUAACGCUCUUCUUCAGACCAUCCAUUUUUGAGGUGCGGGUGAUGACAGCUCUGACCUCCCUCCUGGUGCUGGCCACACUCUUCACGCAAGUCUCUGCAUCGUUACCCAAAACCUCCUAUUUUAAAAUGGUCGACAUCUGGCUUCUCUUCUGCAUCAUCAUCAUAUUCUUCAUUAUAAUCUUCCACACGAUCAUCGACCUGCACGUGGACUACGGAGACAAGAUCAUGGCGUCUAGUGGAGCGUGGAUUAACUCACCGUCGUCCAUAGGGCCCCGGCAGGUUAAGGUGCACCCGUCCUCUGGUGAUGUUUUGAAUCCGAGCGGUGAGAAAUCCGCGAAGUUUUCCAGUCGAUGGACGAGGUUCCGGACGAAACUCGAUCUACAGUUCUACAUUAAGACGUCCAGGUUCACCAUGUCUGCCAUCUUUGUGCUGUUCAAUAUGACGUACUGGGGAACACUGGCCAUGGACUCAGGACUCGUUUAUUAUAUAUCCACUGACUAAGAAUACCUUCACAUUCACUGGGAGCGUUCACAUAUAUUUUCAGAUGCAUUAGCGAGUACCUCUCUUACUUACUCAAUCAGCCAUCCAACGACGUGAUUAGUUUUAAUGAAUACGAAGGCACAUCCCAUAAACUACAUCCGUAAGAACACAUUCGAUAAGCGAUGGAAGUACUGCCUGAAGAAUUCAAUGCUAUCUAUCCCUUAUUACUCUUUCAGGCAAUAAAACUAACGCGAAAGUUACAGGUGCAUCUCAAUACGUUUCUAAAUUAGGUGUCAGAAGAAGCAGAAAUGUUAAACUUGCCUGAACAUUAUGCGGAAUUUAUAACGACUGACAAAACAUGCAUUCCUGUAUGAAAACGUACUAAAGAGACAGAUGAGAGCUUCUUUCGAAUAUCAUCUUUCGUUUGAACGCGCUAUGACUACAAUUAAGCUUUAUUCUUCACAGUUUCUUCACCUUCACUUUCCCUCCGUCCUUCACCUCUCGCAAGAUCUUCCUCCAGUCCUCUCCUACACUCCCGGGGCCUCCCUCCCUGCUCCCUCACCCUAGCUUCUCAUCACCACGCACGCUGCAUCCUUCCUCGCCUUAUGGGGGACUAAGGCAGCUUUUAUUAACUCCUGCACACAAAUAUUUAUUGACUAUCGCAAUUUCUUAUUUACACCACAGCGUUCACUCUUUGUUCUUUAUGUUAGGUGAAAAUAUUUGUUUCACUUAAAAUAUUUUUUUAAUUAUACAGUUGCAUGAUGGCCAGUGUCUUUACUUUUAUAAAUGAUGACUCUUAGCUACUUCCUGUAGUGUCGAUUCAAUAAACAGCAUAUUGAUACAAGUUUUUGAGGAUUAUUCAUCAGUUGGUUAUUUUACUAAGCUAGAUCUGCCGUCAGUUAUCUUUACUUACUCUGCUUUACAUUACCUUCCUAACCAUAUCCAGCAAAGAAACACAAAAGAAAACAAACGUGGGUUGUGGGGGAAGCAGCGCCAGAGGACAGGGCGAGGCGGCAGAUAAGGGGACAAGCGUGGCUGCAGUCAGGGUAAGGUAUAAGAAAGUGAUCAUCCAGACAUGUGAUAAAAUAAGGCAAAAGCAUGACAACGCCGCACAGGCCACACAGGACCAAUGCUCGCCGGGGGACGCCGAGGCAAGACAAGGCCAGGCAGCGACGUAAAAGGCUGCCGGGGGUGUACCUGCCUUUGUUGCACCCUGAUUCGAGUCUUAAUUACUUGCCGGCUUCUUACCUGGCAGUGGGCGGAGGAAGGCGCCGACUUGAUUACCUGAGUUACGUGGCCAGAACAGGUACUCGAUGCAAUGACGUUUUUUGAAUUAAUGAGAGGAUGAUGUGACCGCUGGACGUCGAACCUGAGGUGCGUUUCCCUCAACCUCGAUACGAAGGAAUACAUUGUUUUCCCUUGGUUUUUAUCGUGGUCACGUAUGGGUGUUUUUGGUUUAUCUUCUUUAGCCGAAUAUAUCUUGUGCAUUUUCUUCUUGUAUUGUACGUCAUUAAAAUUCUUAUGUAACUCACCCAAAGGUCUGUUCUCAUCCACUGCCUGUGUCAUUAUUCCAUCCCUCAUGUGCAGCCUCGCUAAAAUCAUCCCAGCCUGGCAUCCACGCUUCCCUCUUGUUGCAUGCAUGGUCUUUCUUUGGCUGUUUCUCCUUCUCCUUGGCUUCUUUUAACCAUCACCCUUCCGUGCUCAUUUGCCCCGGAGAGCAUACCCCCGCGUCCCCUGUGGCUGACUUAAGGAGGGGCGGGGCGCACCUGGAAUACUAACAGCAAGAGGCAAUGAGCGGUGCUAUUUUCCUCGG